CGAUAGAAUAGACUGCACUUCGCCAUGCGUCCGACCCGUCGUUAAUAAGGAACCCUCGUUCCCCCCAUUCCGCAAUCUGGCGUCGCGCCCGGCCUCGCUCGUUUUCUCACUGCCGAUCGCUUUCGGGGAGCCAUAUCCGUAUACAUAAACAGUUCGGAACGCCCUUAACGUACAACAUUUCUCUCUGAGAAGCAUCCAUGCCCGCGGGGCGCAAGAGAUAGAGCCAUGUCGCAACCGGGCAGGGGCAUGUCGGUCGGGAACCCACACUAUGGAUUCGACUCGUUUCCCUCGCAGGCCAUGGAAAUGCCGCCGACGUGGGUGUUGGUGGUCGCGGCGGUGUUUCUGCUCGCGGCGCUGGGGUUUUGGAUGUACCUAGGCGUCCACAUCCUCGCCCCCGUACCCCGUCCCCCCCGCCGCUCCGAGAAACAAUACGUCACGAUCCUACCGGACGGGAAGCGCAGCGAGCCCAAGGAACUGCCCUGUUGGCUCGACAAGUGGGCCGCGGAGCGGGAACUCGCGCGGCGCAAAGCAGCGCGGCCGGGCACCGCGGAGCGCAACGAACCGUCGCAGCUGAAGAUCGAGGAGCCGGAACUCUUCAUGUCGGUUGUGGUGCCCGCGUUCAACGAGGAGGAGCGGCUCGGCGGGAUGUUGGAGGAGGCGGUGGCGUAUUUACAGAAGGCUUAUGGAGGGGCGCAUGAGGGGGGGCAGGGGUCGGACCAGGAGAAGGGGUGGGAGAUACUGGUUGUGUCGGAUGGGUCGACGGAUGCGACGGUGGAGAGGGCGCUCGAGUUUGCGAGGGAUCAUCAGUUGUCGCAGCAUCCGGUGCCAAGGAAGGGUCCUUGGAAGGAGGUGAAGGAGGCGACGCAUAUCCCGCAUGGAAGCAUUAGGGUUAUUACUCUGGAGAAGAAUAGAGGGAAGGGUGGGGCGGUCACGCAUGGGAUGCGGCAUGUGAGAGGGAAAUAUGUGGUAUUCGCCGACGCGGAUGGCGCCAGCCGUUUCGAGGAUCUGGGGAAACUGGUAGAGGGCUGCAAGGCCGUUGAGGAUAAGUUCGGGAGAGGCGUGGCGAUCGGUAGCCGUGCACAUCUCGUGGGGAGCGAAGCCGUUGUCAAGCGCUCCAAACUCCGCAACUUCCUCAUGCACUCGUUCCACCUCCUCCUCCGCAUCAUGACGCCCCGCGCCACGGCCGCCAUAAAAGACACCCAGUGCGGCUUCAAGCUCUUCUCGCGCAACGCCCUUCCCGACAUUAUUCCGUUCAUGCAUUCCGAGGGCUGGAUCUUCGACGUCGAGAUGCUGAUGCUCGCCGAGGCGGCCAACAUCGCCAUGAUCGAGGUGGCGAUCGGGUGGAAGGAGGUCAUGGGGAGUAAGCUGAAUGUUAUAAGGGAUAGUUUGGGGAUGGCGUGGGGGUUGGCCAUACUGCGGGCCGCGUGGAUAUUGGGGGUUUAUAGUAAGGAGUGAAUGCCGAUCGUAUUGUUAUGAGAAACAUUGGUGUUUGUGCUGUGACGGAUCUAUCCCGCAAUCGUUCGUGGCCCAGUGAAUUGAGCCCGACCACAUUCUUCCGUAGGAGUAGUAUAUGUCAUGUGGAAAAGGUUCUCGAAUCUCAUCUGCGAAUAAGUUCAC